GUUUCUAGCAACGCGCCCUGGACUUUCUUGGCGCGUAAUAGUGGAGCUUGCUUCGAUCAAACGAACCCCCGCGCCGCUGUCGUGCGCCUUGUGCAUGAUGAGCUGAGGUGAGCUGGCGAGAUAAGACUAGAGUCUCAUAUCUUCUUACAAUUAUCUUGUGAUUUGUAUUUCUGUUCUUGAAUGUAUUAUUUACCAUUUAUCUACAACGAAACUGACUAUUCAUAAAUCAUUGGUUCACCACAAACUUCACCAUGAAAUCCUCCCGCUCAAGCCUCACGCUCGUGGAUAACAAGCCCCCAGCCCUCACCGGCAGCUGCAUGUGCGGAAAAGUCACCUACAGCAGCUCUGUCCUGCCCAGCGACCUGGUAAACUGCCACUGUCAAACCUGCCGCCGCCUCUCCGGAGCGCCUUUCCUCACAUUCGGUCAAUUCCCCGUCUCAGCCAUAACAUGGACGUCAGCCACGGGAGCAAACGCUAUGAAGAAGAUGACUUAUUCGGAUAUAGCGGACCGGACGCAUUGUGCUGAGUGCGGGAGCCCCAUUUCGAUGACCUAUAAGUGUGAGCCGGAGGCGAUCAGUAUCACGGCGGGCACGUUUGAUGAGGAGAGUAUUAGGGGGCAGUUGCCUAGGUUGAAGUCGCAUAUCUUUGUGGAGGAGAAGGUUAAGAAUGAGUGGUAUGAGUUGCCUCCGAAUGAUGGGGUGCCCAAAUACUCAGGCUUCCCUAGUGUUUUCUCGAAGAAGAUUGAAGAGUGGAAGAAGGUGUUGAAGUCACCUGGGUUGGGUUGAGGUGUUGGUUGUGGAUAGAUGAUUUAAGUUGAGCGAGGAGCAAGGUAGACUUGGAUAGAGCUGGCACUUCAUGAACGUGUCUCAAUGGGUUUCAU